AUGAAUUUCUCACUCUGCUCGCCGCUUGGCAUUGAUACAAUAGAUGAUAUUGGAGAAUCGCCGAACUAUGCAUCAAUGAACACACCUGAGUUGGAGUUUCCGGAGUUAAACGAUAGUUUGAAUUUUGAUAUUGACUAUGGUUUAAGAAACACAAAUUUCGAACCAUUUUCAGCACCUUACCCACCAAACUCGAAUGAAUCGCAAGAGGUUGUUUCGAAAAAACUUCAUAAGAGAGCAAUAUCUUCGCCAAUCAAGAUUCAUACACCUGCGGUACAACAAAAGAAUCUAUCAUCGCAGCUAACAGCAUUUUUGUCAGCAAGGUCAAUCCUCUCUUUGAUUCCGGUACAAGUGAAGCAAAAAGAAAAUCGUCAAAAGUUUACGCCGAUUGAAGAUGCUCAUUUUACCGAGGCACUUUCAGAUACAGCCCUUAUUGUUAAUCCUGUCAAGCUUGGCUUUAUACCAAGAAGCCGUUGGGUGGAUAAGGAUUUUACGUUCGGUGAGUUGGUCGCUGAGUUUUUCCAAAAGAAGAACAAUGCCAGCUGUAGGUUUUCAUAUAAACUAUAUAACGCCCUCAAACUCUCAACCCUUGACUCAAAAUUUGAUUCCUUAGUUGGUGUUAAAUGGAUCAACGAUUAUGUACUUCAUGUUGACAAGAUAAAGUUCGCACAUCUUCUUGGUAUCAAAAGCAUCGACGGAAGCUUAUUCCACCAACAAGGUAAUUUUCCUUCACAUGGAUUCAUAGAAAUGAAUACCAAAGAUGUUGACAAACUCAAGUCUGAGUACGAUGUCAGCGAUGUUGACUAUGAAAAUAUCAGAUUAUUGACUCAUGUUGACAAGAUCUUUGUUCGCAACUGUACGGAGAGAGAUCUUGAAAGUUGUAAGUGGAUCAAUUCAAGGCCAAAGCCUCAGAAGUGA